UCUGUCUCUGUCUCUCUCUUGCUCUCUCUUUUUCUCCGCAUAAAAGGAGAAGAAGGAGGGGGAGGGGGAGAGAGAGAGAGAGCAGAGCAGUCUGCAGAGUGUCUCCUCUUUUCAAAAUCUCUUUUUUAUGAUAUGUUAAUCUUUAAUCUCGUCUCUCUGUUCUGUGCCUCUUUAUCUGCUUCGUGGUCAUCGCAAGGUUGUGUUAGAUCUCUCACUGUCACUCUCACUCUCGCUCGCCUCCCUCCCGUACCUCCCGCUCACAGAUCUCUAACGUGAUCUUUUGGACUCUAAAGGUGUCAAGUUGUUUUCUUUCUCUGUGUUUUGGAGUUCUUUGUUGGGGGAGGUUUAGUGUAGAUCUCCCUCCCUCCCUCUUUUUUGCUCUCCCCUUUUAUCUUCUGAUCUGGGCCUUUGCUCGCGUAUGAUUUCGCCUUUUUAGUGACCUCUGGUGAAGGCAGCGUGUGUCUGAGAGGGAGAGAGAGAGAGAGAGAGAGAGAGAGAGCUUUAGCGGGGGAGGGAGAGAGGGGGAUUUUGGGGGGUUCAAAGAAGGGGCGGAGCUCGAUCAUAAGUCCAUUAUGCUGGUUAUGAUGACGGAUUGCUUCCUUUUGACCGGCGCCAUUGAAGGCUCCCCCAGAUUGCAGCGUCCAACGUCGCCUAGCGCAGAGCAAAAGCGAGCUCUCAACACCGAUCCUGUCUUCUUCUCUUGUUUCGGCUUCUAGCCUCCUGCCACCUCUCUUUCCUCUCUUCUUCUUCUUCUUCUUCUCGCUUAGAAAUCGAAUCUUGGGAUCUAAAGUUGGGUUCUUUGAGGCUCCGAACAAUGCCGCAGUACCAGCAGCAGGCUUCAUGGAGGCUGGAGGGCGGGGGGCAGAUCAUAGAUCUGGAGACCGCUAUCAAAGAUGGGAUCUUGGGCGGCGGCGGCGGGGGCCUCCCUGCAGGGAAAGAUGGGACCUUGGGAGCCACCGCGGAGAAGCUCGACCUCAAGAAGAUGAUCGAGGAGCUCGACUCGGCGGCGCCCGAGGACGUGCCGUCGGUGUUCAUCUGCCCCAUCUCCCUCGAGCCUAUGGUGGAUCCCGUCACGCUCUGCACCGGCCAGACCUACGAGCGCGCCAACAUCCUCAAGUGGUUUUCCUUGGGGCACCUCACCUGCCCAACCACCAUGCAGGAGCUGUGGGACGACGCCGUCACCCCCAACCGAACCCUCCACCAGCUGAUCAACGCCUGGUUCUCGCAGCGUUACCUCCUACUGAAGAAGAGAUCCGAGGACGUCCAGGGCCGGGCCGCCGAGCUCGUCCAAAGCCUAAAGAAGGUCAAGGGGCAGGCCAGAGUCCAGGCCCUCAAGGAUCUCCAGAAGAUCGUCGUCGCCCACCCCUCCGUCAAGAAGACCGUCGCCGACUCCGGCGGCGUGUCACUCCUUUCUUCUCUCCUCGGCCCGUUCACCUCCCACGCCGUUGGCUCCGAGGUGAUCGCCAUUCUCGUCAAUCUUUGCCUGGAUUCAGAUGCCAAGACCAGUUUGAUGCAGCCGGCAAGGAUCUCACUCGUGGUAGACAUGCUGAAUGAGGGGACGAUCGAUACCAAGAUCAAUUGCACGAGGUUCAUCGAAAUGCUGAUGGAGGAGAAGAGUUUCCGGUGGGAGGUGGUGUCGAGCUUGAGCCUUUUGGUGGCAUUGCUGAGAUUGGUGAAGGACAAGCGACACCCAAAUGGCAUGGCGGCGGGUCUCAGCUUGCUCAAGGCUAUAUGCUCUCACGAGCAAGUCCGGAGCUUGAUUGUGAGCGUCGGAGCGGUUCCGCAGCUCGUCGAGCUAUUGCCCAACCUGAGUCCCGAGUGCUCGGAGCCGGCAUGGCACAUCUUGGAUGAUCUCUCGACGACACCCGAAGGCCUGUCGGCGCUGAAAGAUUGUCCUCAGACCAUUCCCAACGCAGUGAGGCUUCUGAUGAGGGUGUCUGAAGCUUGUACUCAAUAUGCAUUGUCGAUUCUGUGGGCCGUCUGCAAGCUCGCUCCCGACGAAUGCGCCUCUCUCGCCGUGGAGGCCGGUUUGGCUGCCAAACUGCUGCUUGUCAUCCAGAGCGGCUGCAGUCCUGAGCUCAAGCAACGGGCCGCCGAGCUAUUGAAGCUCUGCAGUCUUAAUUACACGACGACCCUAUUCAUCUCAAAGUGCAAGCUAACGAGGACGAUCCAAUGACCGAAGACCAUCGCUGCUUUUGCUUGGGUUGCUCUAACUGGCGAAGCUUGACUACGAUCGUGGCGACCAAGAGGCUGUGUCUACUGAGAACAGGGAGGUAUAUGAGCUGUUGUCUCUUGUGUACAGCAUCUAUACUUGUAAUUCUCAUUCUUCAUAAGUGAAGAAGCAUCUAAAAGCGGAUGAUUGGCGGCGAAGAGCGUAGCUGGUGUGGAUUUGGAUCCACUGCUCGAUGAUGUAGAGGUUGUCGUCCUCAAUAAUCCGGUGAGGUUAUUGUAGUGUUUCCCCCGUGAUUAGUUUUCAGAAUGUGGUCUGCAAGAGCUUGUAAAUCUUCUUCCUGUAAUUGUUGAAACCGCGAGAAUUCAUACUGCAAAUUUGGUUUCA